UUAAAAAAAAAAAUACGUUUCCGGUUAAGCUUUCGUCGUUGAACAACAAAACCCUAAAGCUGUUUAAAUGGAGUCUGUUAAGAAAGAACAACAUAGAGAGAACAGAGGUGGUGCCUAGACGACAAAACAUGAGACCAGAACUUCCUGGGUUCUAUUUCGACGAGGAGAAGAAGAAAUAUUUCGCCAUUAAAGGUCCAAUCCCAGGUUCUAAACCUUCUUCUUCACAAACUACGAAACAAAAGCCUCAACCAAAGCCUUUCAAGGAACCUAAUUAUCAGAAGAGGAACAAACUAAAAGCAUUGAAGCUACUCUGUUCCCGAGAGCUAAGUGGCAGUCUUAUUACUGUUAAUAAAAAGAAGAAGUCUAACUUCAAGGAGGAGAUUGAAAAGACACACGCCUCUAACCCCCUGGUGUGGAGAUAUGAUUCAACGGAGAACAUAGGGGAUGCUGCUUUGAAACAGUUUGAGGUUGAUAUACAAACAUCUCAAGGCCUCACCACAAAGAACAUCCUAGUAGCUGGCAGUAAUGGAGGCUGCUUGAGCAUACUGAGAGUUUCCAAACCUGGACAAGUAGUAGUACCCUUUGAUGAGUCUGAAACUCAAGCUUUUGACGGUGAAGGAACCGAGUGCGAACCAGUUUCUGUUCUUCCUCGCAACGCAGAAGAAGUAAGGGAAGCAGCACCUAGUAGGCUUGUAUGGAGACCUGCACACUCUCAUUUACAUGCCUUAUCCAGUAUAUCUUCUAUUCAGUUGAUUGGAAGAUCUGACAACUCCCACCACGUCAAGCGAGCAUUGAUAACUACACUGGGAUCAACUGGCCGAGGGUCGAUUUUUAUCUUGAGCCUUGCUGAGGAACCGUACAUAGUCACUCCAAGAAGCCUCCAAGGGAAUGUUUCCUCUGAGUGUACCAUAUGGACUGCUGAUUGCAGUGUGAGUGGGAGUCUUGCAGCUAUUGGUACCAACCUAGGAGCUGCUUUGGUUGAUUUGGAAACAGGAGCUGGUUCGUACUUUCUCAGAACCGAAAGCGAUGUUUUGGCCCUACAGUUUCAUCAAUCGAAGGGGAACAUUGUUCAAUGUGGGCUCAGGAAUGGAGCCAUUGUGUCGGUUGAUAUACGUGAGAGACCAGGCAGGCUCACUAGACACCAGAUAAGAUCUCAAUCAUCGAGUAGUAGAACCAGUCAAGCUACUAGAAAAAAGGAAUGGUUUAAGCUCAGAGGAAACAUAAAUCCAUCUCAUGUAUUAUAUAUGCCUUCAUCUCUUACAUGCAUGAAGACACUGAAAACUUAUGAUCAGUACUUAAUGGCAAGCUCAAUGGAUGGAACGAUCAAGCUAUACGAUCAACGCAUGGUUAAGAGAGGGGUCGCUGUGCAGACAUAUGAAGGACAUGUAAAUUCUCAUACUCGCAUCGAAUUUGGCAUAGACCCAUCAGAAAGAUUCCUCAUGUCCGGAGGAGAGGACUGCUACACUCGCAUUUGGAGUAUCAAAUCUGGUCAGCUUCUGUCUGAAAAUAAAUUCUCCAACAGUGUCCCUUCAGUUGUGUGUUGGUCUGCUGUUGAUGGGCAAAGUGAGUGGAAAGAUAGCAUUGUUCACGGGGCAUGGCUUGGAUCGCGUGAAGCAAUAUACAACAUGUUUUAAGAUAAUACGAAGGUUUUUUUUUUAAGACGAUGGAAGCUGUUGAGGAUAGAAAGUUCUUUUUGUUUAGUCUUUUGUAACAGUUUUAGGAUCAGUUGCGUUGAACUUGUAAAGAAGUAAAAAAUGCUUCUGUGGAUCUCUUUUUACUCUUCCAUCUACAAUGCUUAAUGAAUUUUGGGUGGGAAAAUAUAUUCAAUCAGGCCAAUGUAAACAAAACAAUAAAGCUUCUUAACAAUGCAGAAAUGUACCAGCUCAA